CCCUCAUACAAUUUCCAAGCAUCCCGGCAGUCUGGGCACAAAGGGUCGCGACACACUGAGAGGCACAAGCUGUUGCGGUUAAUCAGAGACAGCGCUCACACUGAGAAGACUAAGCAAGAGGAGGAAGGCAGGGUAGUUUUUGCACUGCACAGGUCAGCUGCAGGUCCUCAGCUCCAGAGAGCUUAUUUAUGAUGCGUUUGGCUGACAAACAGAAUUCAUCUGAGGAAGAAAUGAGCUUGGGGGCAGCGUGUAUUUUCUUGCGGGGAGGGAAAAACAUUACAAGACAGCUGGCUGAUGAUGAGAUUGAUGAGCUGCGUGAUGCAUUCAAUGAGUUUGAUAAAGACAAGGACGGGCUGAUCAGCUGUAAGGACCUGGGCAACCUGAUGAGGACAAUGGGUUAUAUGCCCACUGAGAUGGAGCUGAUCGAGCUGAGUCAAAAUAUCAACAUGAACCUCGGUGGCAGAGUCGACUUUGACGACUUUGUGGAGUUGAUGGCCCCGAAACUGCUGGCAGAGACGUCUGGAAUGAUCGGUAUGAAGGAGCUGAAAGACGCCUUCAAAGAGUUUGACAUGGACGGAGAUGGAGAGAUCACAACGGAGGAGCUGCGAUCAGCCAUGAUAAAGCUGAUGGGAGAGCACAUGAGCCGGAGAGAAAUCGAUGCCAUAGUGAAAGAGGCCGAUGACAACGGGGAUGGCACCGUAGAUUUUGAAGAAUUUGUCAGAAUGAUGUCCCAUCAAUGACAGUCGAGGACAAGGCCAGUCAGGAACAUUCAUUUGCACCUCUGCAAACACGCACUAACACUGAAGUUGUUCUUUUCUGGGCUUGCAGAUGUUAAAAUUAGAUGCUCAAAACAAGCAAUAUCAGACUGAUCUCAGAGCAGAUUUUAUAGCUAUGCAAAGAAUUACAAUUUGUAAUGAUUUUUCAAGCACAAGAGUGCUAAAAAAACAAAACUCUGUUGUUAUGUUUCAUCAUAUAUACCAGGGAUGUCAAACUCAUUUAGUUCACUUUGAUCCUAGUGGGCAGUGGAAAGAAGUCUAAGUAUAUAUUUAAUCACUGAAAUAUCUUAAAAUAAGAAAAAGAAGUCCAAGUAUGUCUCAGUGUUUCCACAUGAUAAAGAAAUAAUGCUGUAGUAAAUGAAAAAAACCCUUCAGCAUCUCUUUGGGCUUAGAUUGUGAGGAAUAACUGUGUAAGAUUACAGAAAAAAUCAGAAAGUUCCUGUUACUUCACACCUUUUUUGUGGACUUAUUGUAAAAAACUGAAACUUCUAUUUCUUCUGUAACCUUUCUGUGUUUAAUCGUUUACCUAUUACUUAAUUACUUUGGUAUAGAAUGAAUGGGCACGAGGAAAGUCUUCAUCAGCAGGAAAAAACUCCAAAACUUGUUACAAAACAUUAAAAGUCCAAAAAUGUAUGCAUAUCUUCCAAAGGCAUCUCGUGGACCAGAUUGUAGUCUUUGCCAGGCCCACUCUGGCCCCUGGGCCUCAUGUUUGACAACCCUGAUAUAGACUGUAUACAGUGGAAGUUUGUUGAAAUGGAAUUGUUUUUAUAUUUGUAUUAUUAUUAAAUUAUUCUUACCAUUUAAACAAUGUUACAACAAAGCAGGAUGUAAAGUUAAGUCACUACUGUACUGUACAUUAUUAACCUGAGCUGGUUGUAUUAGGUAAUCUGUAACUAACUUCCAACAAGUGAAGCAGUAACAUGGAUCUGCCUUUUCUUUGGCAAAGCACAAAAUAAAACAUCUGAUCUGAACAUCCGAAA